CUCAAUUACAAGCCAGCAACAGUAAACACCAUGGACACUUCGAGUACAAAAGGUCUGAGAUGGCAGCCUCAUUCUGAAAGCUUAAACUGCAUCAACCAUCACAUCUCAUUCACUCUUUACUCACUACAAUCUUUCAAACUUUGAGUUAAUACCUUAAUCCUUCAACAUGAAGCUGAACUUCCUCCUCGCUGCUGCUCUGGCCACCUGCGCCAUGGCUGCUUCCAGCACCACUGAGACCAGCACCAAGACUGAGCAUCACUCUACCACCACCAAGACCGACACCGCCAAGGCCAGCGCCACGUCUUCUCACUCCACCUCCAAGUCCAAGGGCGCUGCUGCUCCUACCAUGGGUGCUGAUAUCCUCGGAAUGGCUGGCAUUGCUGGUAUUGCCGUUGCCAUGGCUAUCUAAACGCACAUUCCCUACUGUACACUUCGACUGUUCAUAGUCUCUUGUGGGGUUUGGAUCACUGUAUUUGCAUUCCUAGAUUAGCAUCGAUUGAAGCGAGCCUUACCUUCUCAUCUCUGUGAGUUGAGCUUGGUACUUAAUUGACCUAUAUCACCCUUGUAUCUUGUCAAUCGUCCGUGAAUAACUAUGUCUGCUGUUGUGAGCUUGGUUCGACAAAGCGAUCGAAGCUCGCCAUCAUAGCAUGAGUCUGUCUACUGGGCCAACUUAGACCUUAUAUACUGGGAGAUUCAAUGUUGUAUCCAGAAGUUUCCUUCUCCAUACGGUGCAUCAUUGACUUGAUGCGAAAGUCUAACAAAAUAUGUUUAAAUACUACAUUUGGUAUUCUUGGUGCAAAGCGGCUCUUGUGCCGUUAAGACCUUGUCUCAGAACAUUCAGCAAUUGUUCGCAUUCCACAAGGCCAG